AUGACUAAAAGGGUCUAUGAAGAUGAUAAUAUUUCGGACGAAAUAUUGAAUUCUGUGUUCGAUGAAUUAGAAGAAGAAGAGCAACAUGGUGGGAGUCUUUUUGAGUUUGAAUUCCAAAAAAGUGGGUUCCCCCAACAUUGGAAAAAUACCGUGCAUAAUCAAAGAUAUCAAUCGAUGUUACAUCAAAAGCGAAAUCCUACACGUGGAGAUAAUUUAGGUAGAGAAAUCACAGACGCGCUUACCAGGUGAGAAGAUACAUUGAUAUUUUAGGUAGUGAGACACCCCUCUCCUUUAUUUAGACGUCUUUUUUAUUUGUUUUUUAGACCGAUACGUGAACGCUUACCCAAAAUAAGGUGCCACUACAUCAUCGCAUGA